GGGUGGCGACGUCAGGUGUGUUUGCCUCAACACGAGAAUAACACAAAGGGUGGAAUUCUCUCGGUUUCAACUGGAGAUUUCACUGCAUCCCUCUCAUUGUGCAGAAAACAGCAGCCAAAACACCUCUGCCCCGAGGCAGGGCGCGGUCCCUAUCCAUUUCUAAACCUGAAGCGUUCUUUGUGUCUGCACUCACUCGUGAGCUUGCUCUUUCAGAAGGCGAAGGGAUUGAAGGAAGAGCAGGCACAGUGUGAGAUCUAGGAGGUGGACACCAGACAGAGAGAGAGAGAGAGAAAGAGCGAGACCAGGAAUAUGCCUUGGAUUGCCACAAGAAGCAUUCUCUGCUUUCUGCUUGCUACGGUGAUUUCGCAGCCAGGGCAAUGUUGUGAGAAAAGAUUUUCGAAGAAGGUAUUUGAGGUUGAGCUUUCACCAAAGGUCCUUAGAAGGCAAACUCUUCUCACUGUCAAAUUUCAUAGCUGCCAUUUGGGAAAGCACAUUAAGUUAAGUACUGAUGAUGGAAAUUUUGGGAUCCAUUCCAAUGGCUCAUUAUAUGCAACUCGUGCCCUCAACCUUGAUACAAACUAUAAGUUCAAAGUGAUCGCAAGGGACCGAAGAACACACAAGAAAUGGAAGGCAAGAAUCCAUUUAAUCCCAUCAGCGAAAGAUUUAACAAAUGAAUUGAACAAGUUUACCAAUAGGAAGCCUCCUGUUAUCUAUUUUCUGAAACAUCACCACUCAAAGCGCCAGAAGAGAGAAUGGAUCAUUCCACCAGUUUCCAUCAGAGAACAUGAGCCACCCUUGUUCAAUCCAAUUGCUGUUAUCAGAUCAGAUUUGGAAGUGAAUGAAAAUAUCCGCUACAGUAUUUCUGGCCAUGGUGCUGAUCUUCCACCUGUCAAUUUGUUUGUGAUUGAUCCCAAGACUGGCGAAUUAAAUAUUACCGGAGUGGUGGACCGUGAGAGAAACCCUUCUUUUGUUCUCACAGGUAAAGCUUCGAAUAUCAUCGGUGCUGAAGUUGAGAAACGACUGUCACUUUUUGUCGAGGUUCUGGACAUCAACGAUAAUGCCCCGGUGUUCGCCGAACAAGUCUUUGAAGGCGAAGUUGAAGAAUCGUCUCCAGUUGGAACCUUUGUGUUAAAACUAAAUGCAACAGAUGCCGAUUUGGAUGAAAACGCACAGGUUGCAUACAGAAUUCUCUCACAGGGAGGCAGUGAAAUGUUCCUUGCAAAGUCCAAUGGAGAAAUCAGAACAAUGGCAAAAACCUUAGACAGAGAGGUUCAGGACCUGUACACGUUAACAGUGGAAGGCCGGGAUUUAAACGGAAAGGCAUCAGGAUUGUUCUCCACAGCGAAUGCUCAGAUCAGAAUCCUGGAUGUUAAUGACAACAUUCCAACAUUGGAAAAGGAGGAGUAUGAAGUCUCGGUGGAAGAAAAUUCACUGAAUGAUGAGGUCACCCGCAUCAAAGUAUUUGACAAUGACCUAGAAUUCAGCGAUAACUGGCUGGCCCAGUUCGAUAUUAUCGAAGGGAAUGAAGGAGGACAUUUUAGGUUCGAAGUUGAUGAACAAACAAAUGAAGGAAUCUUGGUUCUUCAAAAGGAACUGGAUUAUGAAGAAGCACAAAUCAGGAAUUUGGUCCUUCAAGUCUCCAAUAAAGCAGCCUAUCACUCGUCAAUUACUGGAGGAGGAGGAGGAAGUGGAAUGGUAUCUGUGGGUAAACCAAUCAGAAUCAAAGUCAACGUGAAUGACAAGAAAGAAGGCUUUUCAUUUAAACCAACAACAAAGAAGCUCACUGUUAGUGAGGAUCAAACAAAAGUUAAGGUUGGCCAAUCAUUCGGAAAAUAUCCAGCCAUCAGUGCUGACACUGGGAAAGAAAGUGAACACACCAGAUAUGCAAAGUAUUCUGAUCCAGCGAACUUCUUCAAUAUUAACCCUGUUACCGGAGAGAUAACACUGAACAAAAUGCCUGAUCGUGAGUCACCUCAUGUUUUUGAUGGGAAAUACACAGCAACUGUCCUGGCCAUCGAUAACGAAGGACCUGUUCCUAAAACAGCCACGGGUACUGUGGUCCUUGAUGUGGACGAUGAGAACGACAAUAUUCCCCUCAUUCACAAUCUCCAGCCUUGUAUGUGUGAGCAAGCAAAAUCUCUGCUUGUCACAGCACACGAUGCAGAUUCCUAUCCGAACGCAGCUCCGUAUCAUUUCAAGCUCAUGGAUCAACCAGGCGUCAAAGACAAGUGGAAGAUUUUAAUGAGAAAUGAUACCAGUGCAGAGCUUCGGCCUUUAGUUGACCUCUGGCCACACACCUUCAAAGUCCCUAUCAAGGUGGAAGAUAACCAGGGGACUGGUAAAGUCCAGGAUGUGGAUGUAAGCGUGAUCGAAUGUGCCGGCAAUGACCUGACCUGUACUCCCGACAAAAUGCGGCAGAUUGGAUCCAAAAAAGCUGCCCUCGGUGGGCCUGCGAUUGGUCUCAUGGCACUUGCGGCUUUGUUGUUACUCCUCGCUCCCCUCCUGCUGCUUUUCUGCAACUGUGGUGCUGCUGGAGGACCUUUCGCGCAGGUUAAAGACUUUAAACAAAUCCCCAUUGAACCUCUCGGAUACCUGGAAAAGAACAACUUCGAAGGAGGUGGUGAGGCAGACACGAGUUCUCCUUUAAUAAUGGCUGAUGGAAAGACAUCGGGUGGAAUAGCAGCUGAUGGGAUGGGAGUCGGUGGAACGGGAGUCAGUACGUUGAAUGCUGGAGGAAUGGGAGUCGGUGGAAUAGCAACUGGUUCCCUGUCUGUGGUUGACGGCUACAACAAUAGAUUCUCACAAGAAAUAAAACACACAGUCGGGGGUUCACAAAUAAUCAAUGCGGGAGUAGCUCCUGCUCAUCUCGAGAGGAGUUCAGUAGCAGGGACGUAUCGAACUAUCUCUGGAGCAGCGCACGAAAGAAGAAAGUCAAGCAGCUACAAAGGCUACAUUGGAGCCUAUAUUAAUGAGAAAUUGGAUGGAUGUGCUGAGGAAGAUCAGAACCGCCCAGCCCGAGACUGUCUCCUGGUCUACAACCACGAAGGCGAUGGAUCACCAGUUGGCUCCAUUGGCAGCUGCAGCUUUAUUGAGGAUGAACCCCAAUUUAAGGACUCUUACUUGGAUAACCUGGGCCCAAAAUUCAAGAUGUUGGCUGACAUCUGUGUUGGUAAAUUUGAGAGUCAAGCUUUGACCGUCAGCGCUGAUCCUCCUGUCAGAGUCGAUCCUCCUAUCAGAGUCGAUCCUCCCGUCAGAGAGAGCUUUUCGACAACAGAAACAUCUGUAUCAUCCAGCUCAGGAGGAUUUCAUGGCUUGAAUUUUGUCACUGACCCACCGCGAAUGCAGAAGAAUUAUGUUGUGACCACAACGAUCAAUCCUGUGCCCGACGUGUUACCUGGCAUUGCAGAUUUGCCAGUUGCCCAUCAAAAUGUCAUAAUGACCAAACAAGUUACUGCCAAUGCAGGAGGAAUGGUCAUAGACCCAUCGAUCGCCCACCAGAAUGUCAUAAUGACCAAACAAGUCAAUGCCAACGCAGGAGGGAUGGUCAUAGACCCAUCGAUCACCCACCAGAAUGUCAUAAUGACCAAACAAGUCAAUGCCAACGCAGGAGGGAUAGUCAUUGACCCAUCGAUCGCCCAUCAGAAUGUCAUAAUGUCGAAGUCUGUUAAUGUCAGUUCGGGGGGCUCGCAAGGAAUGAUCAUUGAUCCACUGCUCACCCAGAUGCCUGAAGUCCAUAAAAAUGUCACACUGGGCAGAUCGAUUCGCUCUGGCACCGGGCAGGAGCAGAACAUGAUGGUUGGCUCGUCGCUCGAUCAGAUCCCUGUCAUCCACAAGAACGUCACUCUGACGAGGCCUUCCCACACCCCUGUGAUAGGGGAGGGUGCCACCUUCCCGCUGGCCCAGAAUAGUAGCACCGCUCGCAAAUCUGUCACAUCCACUGAUGGUGUGCAUAAAACCAUAACAAAAGUGACUAAAGUUACGCAGGUAAUGCAGGAAUAGACAGCGGCCGAUAGAAUUGGAUUCAUGGACAGAGAGGCGUUUAUGUUCAAAAACAAUGCUUAUUUUUUAAUUAAGCUGUAAAAAACAUGGCUGCUGUGUGUAGUCAGGUGCAAUUUAAAAGUCAGCAUUUUAUGCAAGGGAGCAAAAUGCAAUAUACUUCUUGAACUGCAUCAACUGAAAUCACACUCUAAGGUCCUCACAUGUUCCAAUUAGUAAAAUGUACAUGUACACCAAAUACUCCAUUGGCUUUGUACUGAUUGUAACGAGGUCAGCCAGGUCAUAGAAUAUUGGACCAGGGGCUGAUAACCUGGUCCAAUCGGGGACCCCUGGCUGACAGAUAGAAACAGAAGUGUCAGCAUUUCUGGUCACUCGAGGAGCUAGUUGGAUCAGUGUCAUGUACCAUGCGAGGAGCAGGAAAAUCAACGUUUCUGGCAAUAGCCCUUCAUCAGGAAUAGAGGUAGGGAGCCUCCAGGAUGGGGAGAUAAAUGGCUGCCCCCAUUUAUCUCUCCACCCUGGAGGCUCCCUGCUCCACACCUCUAUUCCUGAUGAAGGGCUUUUGCCCGGAACGUCAAUUUUCCUGCUCCUCAGAUGCUGCCUGACCUGCUGUGCUUUUCCAGCACCACUCUGAUCUAAACUCUGGUUCCCAGCAUCUGCAGUCCUCACUUUUGCCUCAGCAUCAUGUACGGUGUAUGUGUAAAUAAAGGGUGACUUGGUGACGGGAUGCUAGCCUCUGUGGAGGUGUUUCAGGCUUGUUAUUGUUUAUCUUCUUCUGUCGUGAAGCUAGCUUUUAAACCAAGAUGGUGGAGGUAAAAUAUAAAACUGGUGUGAUUUCUGAUCAUCUCAAUUUACGAAACAAAAACAGAAAUGCUGUAAAUGCAAGGACAGAAUCAUUAAAAAAAAAGUCAAAAUAGGAACUGGCCAAUCUGUUCCACCAAUCAACACGAUCUGAUUUCCUUGCUUCACUCACCUACCUGCCUCCCCUAAGCCUUGACUUCUUUGUCUUGUCAAGAAUCUAUGUACCUCAGCACUUAAAGAAAUAAAUUUAAAUUUAUAAAGAUUUAAAGACCAAACCUCCACUAAUGUCUAGCCAAAGAAAAUUCCACACUCUAAAGACCCACAAGUCAAGCAAACUUCUCCUCUCGCCUUUAAAAGGAGACCUCUACUUCAAAUGUUGCCCACUGGUUUUAUUCUCCCUCAUGAGAGAAAACAUAAUCUGGAAGUCCACUCUAUCAGGUUCCCUCAAGAUCUUAUAUGUUUCACGGAUGUUAAAAGUGGGACUGCUUGAAUGAGCUUGGGGCUGGAUUUGACAUUUGUCAUGGUCCCCACUGCCUCCUCUCUCUGAUACAAAGCCAGGCAGAUGCCCCCCAUACUCACAUCCUGGAUGUCUUUAGUCAAGUUGAGUGGGUGCUGCUGUGCCGCAGGGGCAGUGCCCUCAACAGUGUAGACACUGUGCCUCUCGUUGUGCCAUCAUUUAACUUCUCGGCCUGAGUCAAGAGGCCAAUUGCAUCACUGGCCCAUUGUCAACCAGAUACACCUGCCCCAAGUCAGGAGUGUGCCUUUUGAUCUCGCAUCCAGCACCAAUGUGUCACAUCUCGAAAAUAAACAGAACUAAGGUCACCAUAAAACCAGAGGAAAUAGGAAUAGGAUUAGACCAUUUACUCCUCAAGCCUGCUCCACCACUCAAGAGGAUCAUGGCUGAACCGAUCACAUUUUUAGUAACAACAUUCCUGCCCUUUCCCAUGACCCUUCAUUCCCCGACUGAUCAAGAAUCUAUCGGUCUCAGCCUUAAAUAUACACAAAGGCUCUGCCCCCACAGCUCUCUGGGGCAUGGAGUUCCAAAGACCCCCAACCCUCAGACAGAAGAAAUUCUUCCUCAUCUCAGUCUGAAAUUGGUGCCCCUUUAUUCUGAGACUGUACCCUCUGCUCCUAGACUCCGCCAUGAGGAGAAACAUCCUCUCAGCAUUGACCCUGUCAAGCCCCUUAUGAAUCCAACGUGUUUCAAUGUGAUCACCUCUCAUUCUUCUCAACUCCAGGGAGUAGAGUCCCAGCUUGUUUAGCCUUUGCUCAUACAACAGCCUCUCUGUACUGGUGCCAAAGUGCAUUUGUCAGUCGCCAUCGUGUGCUGCCUGUGUUUGCGAUCGGUUAUGCUCACUUUCACUGUGUUUUACUGCAAUUUCCCACAUCUGCACUGUCCUCAGGGGCUCUCCUGAUUUUUUUAACUAAGCGUGAAUCAGUCAAACUGCACCGCGUAAUGAAUCAGUGCUGUUAAAGUUUUAAAAACGUUUUCUUAAAAUUCACUCAGGUGCCAGCAUGCUGCUGGCUGAGCCAGCAUUUACUGCUCGUCCCUAGUUGCCCCUUGAGAAGGUGGGGGUGAGCUGCCUUCUUGAACCGCUGCAGUCCAUGUGCUGUAGGUAGACCCACAGUGCUGUUGCGGAGGGAAUUCCAGGAUUUUGACCCAGUGACACUGAAGGAACGGCGAUAUGUUUCCCAAGUCAGGAUGGCGAGAGCUUGGUGGGGAGCUUGCAGGGGGUGGUGUUCCCAUGUAUCUGCUGCCCUUGUCCUUCUCAAUGAAAGUAGUCAUGGGUUUGGAGGAGCCUUAGUGAAUUUGUUAAGCAUCUGUCAACUGACACACUUACAGCUUGCAGGGUUUGGAAAGUGAAUCAAUAGCUUCUAAGUUAACACCUCUCAAAAUUCUGACAGUGAUCCCAUUUCCUGUUAUUGCAACCGCAUAUCACAGCGGCCAUUUUUAGUGGCAACAUCCCCAUGUCUUUCAUUGGGAACAGAUCCACAUUGACUUUUUGUUGCUGAAUUUGUCCAGAAAGUAAGGAAAUUCAGAGGAAUUUGGUUUAAAAAAUCAAUUUUCCAGGUAGCUACACUGAUAGUAAUAUGCCAAUGUUUAAUUUUUAAAUCCACACAUAGUUUUUAACAAUUAAUUGGCUGACAGAAUCCAAAGUCUCAUUCUUCCCCAAAAUACAUCUAUUUUGAGAGACUGAACGUAGUAUUUUGAUUUAUCAGUGGGCAAAUACUUGAUGGGACAGAGCAGGAACACAGGUCUGGAAUUAUUUACACACACACACACACACACACACACACACACACACACACACCUGGAAAAACUCAGCAGAUCUGUGGAGAGAGAUCAAGAGUUAAUGCUUCGAGCCCAGAGAUCCUUCUUCAGAAAUUCAGGACUAACUUCAGAACCUGUCUGAAGAAGAGUCUUUGGACCUUAAGCAUUAACUCUGCUUUCUCUCCACAGAUGCUGCCAGACCUGCUGAGCUUUUCCAACAAUUUCUGUUUUUGCUUCUAAUUUCCAGCAUCUUCCAGUUCUUUUUAAAUCUGGGAUUAUUUGGGUAGUUUUAUUAAAGAAUUGUCCCAGGCACAGCGAACUGAGUCAGUUUCUACGGUACCAUACUGUUCUUGAGUAAAAUAGAUCAGCACUUAUUGAAUUGAAUAACGGUGAACAAAUCAGAGAAAUCAAAUACUUAAUGACAACUGACAAAGCCAUAUAAUACUCAUUUCAUCAUAGAUCUAGUUUCUAAAAACAAACAUGAUUGCCACAAAUUAAUAACAGGUUAAAAGUAAUGUACAUAAAUAUAAUGAGAAGUGAGUGAAACCUAUAGAUUCAUACAAAUGUAUCUAACAUAAUUAUAUAUACAAACCUGAGCUUCAGAUUGCUUUUAAUUUCAUAUGUUAACAGAGGGGGAGGGAUAGUGUGCACAGAUUUAAAUACCUUCAAAACCAGAAAUUGCUGGAGAAACUCAGCAGGUUUGGCAGAUUCUGUGGCGAGAAAGAAACAGAGUUAACAGUUUGAGUCCAAAUAAGCCUUCGCCAGAGUAAUUUCUAUUUUUCUUUCAGAACUUCAGCAUCUGCAGUUCUUUGUUUUAUUAAAUACUGUUGUGGUAGAUAACCAGCAGGAUUUUACAAGUGUGAAAGUGGAAAGAAAGUUUUUUUUCUUGCCCAAGGAAGAUAUUUAUCAUCCAAUUUAUGGGUACCAUGGUUCCAAUCAGAGUGCAUUGUUUGGCUUGGAGACAUUUUAAUUGUACAGAUAUUGAUACAACUUUCUGUUCUAUGCAAAGGCUUUAAACUUUUCAAUUGGUUCACUGGAUUUACUGUAGAUAUUUACAUUUUAAGCUACACAUCAAAAUAAACUUUUUUUUAAAAAAUGA